CAUAGCUCGCUGUUGCACGGACAACCCUCUCCUCUGGUUCCUCGAUUGUUUUCCUCAAUUUUAUCUGUGUUUUAGGACAACGAAACAUCGGUUUAAAGUGUUCCACCUGUAAUUCUUUUGUUUUUCCAAUGGUUUCGCUAGCAGUGUCGUUGGAUAAGUCAACAUGGAAUGGCCAGAUGACAAUCAAAGCUGGCUUUUCUAUCUUGCCAAUUCUGUUGUUCUUCCUUACCUCACUACUUUCCUGUGGAGCUAUCUACACUGCAGAGAAAUUUUGCACUAGUUUUUUGCUUAUGAUCAUGGCAUAUUUGUUAAAUUUAAUGCAGAUAUCUUUGUGGGAAUUGGACCAAGUUCAUAAGCAGGAUUCAGAGGACUUGUUUUCUAUUGCUUCAACAGCAGAUGAGCAUCAGAUGACAUUUACUCUUUCUCCUUUCGAUCAGCCACAUGCCGCCGUACUGUUCCCUGUCAUAUUGCCCUCCUUGGCAGCGUUUUACACCAUAGAAGAGAACGUAAUCGUGGGCUUGGGAUUCGUGGUUAUGGCAUGUGUAUCAUUCUUAGCCCUGUAUGGAUUGUAUUUUACAUCUCCUGUCAAUUCACCAGCCUUUGAUUUCUGGGCUGAAUGGACAGGCCUGAAAUUGUGCAAGACAUUGAUACAUACUCCGCCUGAAGACAGAAGCCAGCAACUUGAAGUGCUAUAUAACCGUAUAUUGGGUCCUGUGGAUGACGAGAGAGAGAGAAGUGAGGAGAGGAGUUCGAUUUCUGAAGCUGAGUAUCUGGAGGGAGAGGAAGGAGUUGGCGAGAACAAUGUCCAAAAUCAAGGGGCUGAAGUUGAAGGAUUGAGAGAAAACGGACUUAAAUUCGGCAUUGAAAUCGACGAGGACGAAUGGGAAUAUAUAAAAAGCUCCACUUCAUGCCAAAGACACCCGAAGUGAGAGUUGAAGAUAGGGUCUUUAAUUCGAGGCUUCUAGCAAUAAAAAAGAAAAUAUGAUUAAAACUCGAUCAAGCUUUCUUUUACCUUUCAUUUUCCGUGCUUAGCUUGUAGGUCGAGGCUAGUUCUUAUAGGCGUAUCUCAGUAGGGUUUUUUGUCCUUUCCCUUUAACCGAAAAGGUCAUUCCUUUU